UGACUUUUUAUACCUUAAUAUAGUAAGGCAUAAAAACCUCAAAAAACGUCAUAGUAUAGUAUGGCAUAAAAAGUCAUAGUAUCGUAUGCAUAAAAAGUCAUAGCAUAGUAAGGCAUAAAAAGUCAUAAAAACGACAUAGUAUAGUAAGGCAUAAAAACCUCAAAAAACGUCAUAGUAUAGUAUGGCAUAAAAAGUCAUAAAAACGUCAUAGUAUAAUAAGGCAUAAAAAGUCAUAAAAAUGACAAAGUAUAGUAAGGCAUAAAAAGUCAUUGUAUAGUAAGGCAUAAAAAGUCAUACUAUAGUAAGGCAUUAAAAGUCAUAGUAUAGUAAGGCAUAAAAAGUCAUAAAAAAAGUCAUAGUAUAGUAAGUCAUAAAAAGUCAUAGUAUAGUAAGGCAUAAAAAGUCAUAAAAAGGACAUAGUAUAGUAAGGCAUAAAAACGUCAUAAAAACAUCAUAGUAUAAUAAGGCAUAAAAAGUCAUAAAAACUACAUAGUAUAGUAAGGCAUAAAAACCUCAAAAAACGUCAUAGUAUAGUAUGGCAUAAAAAGUCAUAAAAACGUCAUAGUAUAAUAAGGCAUAAAAAGUCAUAAAUACGACAUAGUAUAGUAAGGCAUAAAAAGUCAUAGUAUAGCAAGGCAUAAAAAGUCAUAAAAACGACAUAGUAUAGUAAGGCAUAAAAACGUCAUAAAAACAUCAAAGUAUAGUAAGGCAUAAAAAGUCACAGUAUAGUAAGGCAUAAAAAGUCAUUAAAAAGUCAUUGUAUAGUAAGUCAUAAAAAGUCAUUGUAUAGUAAGUCAUAAAAAGUCAUACUAUAGUUAGGCAUAAAAAGUCAUAGUAUAGUAAGGCAUAAAAAGUUAUAAAAAUGUCAUAGUAUAGUAAGGCAUAAAAUGUCAUAAUAUAUUAAGUCAUGAAAACCUCAAAAAACGUCAUAGUACCUUAAGGUAUAAAAUUAAUUAAAAACGUUAUAGUAUAGCAAGGCAUAGGAUAUAAUAAAAACGGCAUAGUAUACUAAGGCAUAAGUACGUCAUAGCAUAGGAAGGCAUAAAAACCUCAAAAAACGUCAUAGUAUAGUAAGGCAUAAAAUGUGAUAAAAACAUCAUAGUAUUGUAAGGCUUAAAAUGUCAUAGUGUAUCAAGGGACAAAAAACCCUCAAAAAUCAUCACCAUAUAAUGAUGCAUAAAAUGACAUACAAAUGUCAUAGUAUAUUAAGCCAUAAAAACAUCAUAGUGUACUAAGGCAUAAAGACCUCAAGAAACAUUAUGGUAUAGUAAGGCAUAAAUUGUCAUAAAAACAGCAUAGUAUACUAAGGAAAACAUCACGUAUAAUAAGGCAUAAAAUGUCACAAAAAUGUUAGUAUAAUAAUAGUAUAGUACCUCAAAAAAUAUAUCAAUGUCAUAAGGCAUAAAAUGUCAUAAAACAUCAUACUAUAAUAAGGCAUAAAAACUUCAAAAAACAUCAUAGUAUAGUAAGGCUUAAAAAUCUCAAAAAACCUCAUAGUAAAGUAUGAAAUGUCAUAAAGACGGCAUAGAUUAGUAAGGCAUAAAAACCUCAAAAAAAGUCAUAGUAUACUAAGGCAUAAAAUUUAUUAAAAAUGUUAUAGUAUAGUAAGGCAUAAAAUAUAACAAAAAUGGCACAGUAUACCAAGGCAGGAGAAUGUCAUAGCAUAGGAAGGCAUAAAAACCUCAGGUUUCCUACACAUCCUCAUGAGGCUCCCUUCACAUCCAAAAAAACUAAAUCCUGUUUUAUAUUUUCAGAAUAAAACAUUUUGACCAGUAUCCACAAAUAUUACAUCUUUAUUUGCAUUUCAUUUAAAUUUAUCUCACGCCAGGUGUUCUUCUGCAAAGUCUGUUUCACUCUAAUGGUACCCAUUAAAAUCAUUAUCGUUCUGUUGUCAUAGCUUUGGUGAAGUUUGUUCUGUCAGACUCGUGGUUGUGCACAGAAUGUUUUUAUUUCAAGAAUGCAUAAUGUGCCUGAGAGGCCCAGCUUCUCAUUUGCUCAAGUUACACAAUCUCCAGUGAGACGUAUAGAAUAAUCACAAUUUGUUUUGUCUUUGACUCGCGUCUUCUAACAUUAACCUGUCCAGUUUCUCUUCAUAUUUACUUUUAAGUAGGCAUCAGAAACACUCAUUUAAUUUCACAUUCUAUAUCACACAUACAGUACAAUGUUGAUCAGCAUGUUAAUCUUCAUUGCACCUGUAUAAUGUUUACAGUUACUGAUAUAUUCAAACCCAAGACUCUCUUCUUUAUGUCAGCACCAUUCCAGCAAACGAACAUAAUUUAAAUGUCUUGUGCAUCAGCCCAACUUUGGGAUCUCCACUAGAAUGUAAAAUAAACCUUCUGUAAGUUUGAAUAAUGUCUGACUGUACAGCACGAGCCUGAAUAACUUAAGGUAUAAGGGAUGCUGCCAUGUAUCACCUUAUUUCCAAUAUUGAUGUCAAACAUUUAUCCAUUUGGGGGAAAAACUGUUACUUUCAACAGCCUUUUAGAACAACUUGUUGCUUAACUCAGAGAAAGACUGAGAAAACACUGUAUUUGAUAUUUUUUUUACAUGUUUUAAUAAGUUCUAUUUUAUUUGCAGAUUUUAUUUGCAGAUUACAUCAAAGAGUAGAUAUGCCCAUACAUUCAUUUUAAUUCAUCAAGUCAUUAUGAUAAGCUAAUCAACAGGAGGUACAGGCAUUGUAAUCAGAAAAUAUGCACAGUUCUUGCUUGUUAUUACUAUAGUUAUGUUUUAGGUUAUCUCCAAAAUCAAUGACUUGGUCCAGAUAUGAUCAAAGAUAUCUCUACAUGUGACAUGGAUGUCUUUACUGUGGAAAUACUUCUUUACAGUGGUUAUGUACCUUCCUUCCCCAAAAUUGGCAAAUUGUGUUUUUCUCCAAAUAUUCAAAAGAUAAUUUCAUGAAUCUGUGGGUAAUUUAAGUGAAAAGACACAUUUAACAGUCAAGUCAAACAGUGUUCUUCACCAGGAGUCCCAGCAUUCAGAGAUGAAUACAGAUAGUGAUGGAUAUGGAUGGCCACACACAACCACCUGACAGAAACCAGACCAUGUCCUGCAUUUGAAUAGCCACAGUCACCUUCUCAUAACCAACUUAGCCUUGAUUUGACUUGAUACCAAGUAGCAAGUAGCAGUAAUCCCAAACCACAAACUACAAUAGAAAGCAACAGUCUUAUAUAUGUCUAUAUUUAAUCACCAUUGUGACUUUGCUCCUGAUUUAUUUGCCUGUUACAUUUGAUAUAAAGCUGGAUGUUUUAAGUUAGUGUAUCAUUAUCAUCUCCGUCUGUAUUGUGGAGAGUUCUGAAGCUCUAAACAGCAUAUUCACUGCAACUGGAGAGAGUUGACAUAGUCAACCAUUGAGAAAUAUUGAAUCUGGUUUCUUGGGUCUCAACUUGCUGUCUGUACCGUUUAACUUAAUCCCCUCAGUAAAUAAUAUAUAUAGAAUUUCAGUGGUUUCACCUAUGGAGGCCUUGAUAACACUGGAUCAUUAAUUUCCCAUAAUGCAACUUGAUAUAAUCUUUCAAUAGACCCUCUAUGUUAAGUGCCUUUGCCCUAAGUUUGUAGUGCAGGCUAACAUUAUAUUUGACAUCAAAUCUAAGAAAACAUAAAUACCCCCAAUGAGCUCUGGGUUACUUAUUCAUAGAUAAGUUCCUCCACAGUCAAGACAUUUUACAAAUGUUUUACAGGUUGAGUAGUGUUGACAAAUAAAGUGAUCAUGUGUAAAAUUGGGUAAUUGAAAAAUGUUACAAAACACACAGCACAAUUUCUGUAAGUGGGUGUUUGUCGCUUGUAUUCCCAAUAGGGUUUUAUUUUUAUUUCUCAGUCCGGGCACAUUAGUAACACCUUGCAUUAGAUUUCUCAUAAAUGCUUAACUUGCAUCACUUGUUUACUGAACAGUGUACAGUUGCAUCAGUGAGAUGAAGUGCUGCUGUAGUUAAAGUACCCAUAGGACCAGACCUGGGAUCAGUUUACCCUUUUACACCCUAACAUGAGUCAUAAUUGAGGGAAAAUGAAAAGUAACAACAACAACAACAACAACAACAACAACAACAACUCAGAAUAUUGCUUUGUGCAUGUGAAACACAUUCAUGCAUUCUUCCCAAAUGUGGAUUUAAAAGGCAAUUUAAUGAACACUACAGCCUUGGCAGUACUAUAUUCUGCACGUGGGUUGUUCUGCCCUGAAGGCAAAGACAGAGUCCCCUACACACAUUAAUUACUCAAAGACUAAGGCAAGAAAGUCAUUAUUAUUUGCCCUGGCAGCAUGUAUAACUCUACAUGGACUCAGUUUCAACCUAAACACGCCCCUUUGUAUGCAUCCAAUCACUGAAGACAUCUUGGCAUCUUUGCAUUACUGCCCAAUCACAGCUUCAGUCAGUCACCAUGUUGUUGAGCGAUAACCGACAUCCUUGAGACUGGCCCAAUCCAAAAAUGGCAUUAGUCCUUGUGGAUCGUUUUUAAAAGCCCUUAGUCCUGAUGAUCUGGUGCUACAUGCAGAGGAGUUUUGCAGUUGGUGAAGCACACCAGAACUGUUCGACACUGUGAAUCAUUUAAGGUAAGAUAAGCUGCGAUUUUUAGAUCACAAGCAAAGACAUACUGUAAUUGUCAUGAUUUCGAUGGUAGCGUUUGGACUAAACCAUUUAACUGGCAUUCUUUAGAGGUCAAACUGUGCAGAAAUAAAAUAUGGUUUCUUUAAAGUAACCCUUUACUCCACAUAAUUUUUUUCUCGUUCGCAGCUAGCCUCUUCGUCCAGCAUCAACCUUUUCCCCCGCAAUGUUCAACACUACGCAGAAUCCGCCCACCAACCUCUAUGUGAACUCUACUACUGUCAGUGGCCACCAUAUAACUCCACCAUGGUACCAGUUCCCAGUGUGUGCCGUGGCCCCUUAUGGCUUCAUUUUCUACUUUGGGGUCAAGGUGUUCAAUCUGGCUCUGGGGACUCCCUGUAACGUCCUGGUCAUCUGGCAGAUCGCCACUAAGAAGAGUGACGCCUCCACCUCUGACAUCUUCAUCUUCAACCUGGCCAUCCUGGACGCCUACUUCUGCCUGAUGACACCCAUAGAGAUGGCCAACCGGCUGCUGCUGGGUGACAGUCGUAUCUGGUACUUUCAGAGGUUCGCAUACGGGAUCAAAGAUGUAGCACCACUCUUUCUGGUGUGUAUUUGCCUGGACCGCUACAUUGCAGUGGUCCAUCCAGUAUUGUUCACUGGUAUCCGUGACAACAAGAUCCGCAUUGGCAUUUCUGUGGUGGUCUGGGGUCUCGUCCUGGCUUAUGGCCUCACCAAGUGCACCCUGGGAGUCAUGAGUGUCAACGAGGUCUUCAGCGGUGUGAUUCUCUUCGCCUUUGCGGUCAUGGUCUUCUGCAACAUCUCAGUCAUCUGGGUUCUCCGCCGCUCUGUGGCGGGAAAGGAGGAGAUGCAUCCGGUGAAGAAGAAGGCCUUUAAGAUGGUGCUGAUCAUCCUGGCCAUCAUCGUGGUCAACUACCUGCCGCCUGUGGCGCUCAUGCCCUUUGUGUCGUACUACUCGUUUGUGGCGUUUCGCUGCCAGAUCAGCAUCAGCGUGUUCUCCAUCAUGGACCUGAGCUGCAGCAUCGAGCCUCUUCUCUACAUUACAAAGAUGGAGCGUGUGGACGGCAGUUGCUGUGGGCGGAGUUUGUCUAAGCAGCCACAUGAUGCCAAGGUGUAAUCAAGCCACCUAUAUCUCCAAAAAUGUUAACUGACUGACAUCUGAUUUUUUAGCAUCUGUUUUUAUUAUGCAGAAGAUUAUUAUGCAUAAUUUUAUUUUCACCAAUAUAACAUACUAAUUGAGGUUAAAUCUCGUCAUGACUGAGAGCGCACACCCUGGAUAGCAAAGUGAAACUUCUGGCCCAACGCUAACGCUAACUGCAACUAAGUGUAGCAAAAGUGUAGUAAAAGUGUAGCAGUAACUGGUUGUGGAAUUCAGGUGAUUUACACUAUGUUUAAACACAUAUUUAAGUUAAUUAAUUUAUUACGUUACAAACAGUAAAAAUUUACCAGAAAGCUGAAACAUAUUUUGUUGGUAGAUUAUCUGAAAACAGAACACAGCAUCUGAUUAUUUUUUAUCAUUAGGGAGGUGUGACAGUGAAAAUAAUCAUCAUAAAAUGCAUAAAUUGAGGGUAUUGCAAGCUUUCUAUCUCUUACACAGUUUGCUGGGCAGCCUGUUAGAUAAAACGUAAGGAGCAACUCUCUUUUUUUUUUUACCUUGACCAGGAAGAUUUACUAUUGUGCAACCAGCAACUGGUUUCCAUUAAGUUCACACAACAUCCCCAGAGGAAAAAAAAAUCAUUAACUACAGUAACAGUAGAUAAGGCUGGAGGGUACUCCAAAAGAUCAAAUACAAAUAAUUUGUACCAAUGUAGAUUAUUCCUUGACGAGCCGAGUUUGUUCCUAUGGAAACCGGUAUAAAACCUCCUCUCAUUAACGCACCCAUACAUCUUUUUGUCCACUUUAAUGACAGCCUGGAGCAGUGCCUGGUUCACAGAGCAUUGAUUAAACACUAAGCCAGACAGUAAUUAAGCCUCAUAAUCAGAGACACGCUAUGGGACCAAUUAGCAGCUAUGUAAUGAGUGGGCAGGCAGAUUAUAUAAGUGGUUAACAAACUUAAUACAUAACACACUGUAAUUAGUAAAGGAAGACAAAUAUGCAGCAUAAUGACUGUGAAGUAACAACUCCCAUUUUAAGAAGAAUUUACAUACUGACAAAUAGGAU